GUCGAGAACGUCGUCACACCCAAGGGGAAUAAAAGCACCCUAAGGGUUAAACGUUAUUGUUUCAAGGGACAGAGUUUCAAUAUGGCCCAAUUCCACCGCCUUUGUUCUCUUGUUUUUUCCUCCGGGAAAACGUGUUUACUGUUUCGACCAGAUCGACUCGAGUGAUUAUCCAUCACCUUGACGAUUUUCCUUAACAUUCCUACUGCUAUACCCCGGGCUUUGGGACGUAAGGAGGGUUGAAGUUCAUAACACCACAUAUACAUCUUUAUCAUACCGUUGUCCCUAUAUCAGAACUGAAACAAUACAAACUUGCAGAAAGACAAGAAUCCCUCCAAAUCACCCAAUCCCAGAGAAAACAGAACAACACACGAGAUACCCAAAGCCCACCCCACCCAAAAAAAAACCACCAAAAAAACCGUCAAGAUGUUCAACGGGCUCGCGACCAAGCUCGCCAUGAAGAAGAUGGGCAUCCCCAAGAACGCGCUCGACAUGUCGGCGCUGACGGGCGGAUCGUCGUCGACGGAACCCAACAAGCUCAAGAAGAACCCGCCGGGCCAGGAGGAUGCCGACGCCGCAAACGCCAACGGCUGGCCCAAGUGGAUGACGGUCAAGAACCUGCCGCUCACGGCGCAGGCCUGGCUGUCGCCGCCACCCCCGCCCGUGCCCGUCGCCGCAGAGUGCCCCAAGGUUGGAGACCUGGCCCCGCUCGACAGGGACAGGAAGAUCGAGUUUGGUGGCGGGAGGAGGGUGUUGGUUGUGUUUUUGCGUUGUGUGGGUUGUGCUUUCGCGCAAAAGACCUUCCUCGCCCUCCGCACCCUCGCAAACCGCCACCAGCAGACCCUGACCUGCAUCGCCGUGUCGCACUCCUCCGAGGCGGCGACGAAAAAAUGGCUCGACCUCCUGGGCGGAGCCUGGAACGUGCAGAUCGUGGUGGACGAGGACCGAUCCCUCUACGCGGCGUGGGGCCUGGGUCUGGGCAACACGUGGUACCUCUUCAACCCGACGACGCAGAUCCAGGGGUGGAAGGAAAAGGGCUGGCUGGGCGCCACGGUCGCCACGUCCAUCCAGCGGACCAACACGCUCGAGGACAGGGUCAAGGCCAACGCGCCGCCGCCCAAGAAGCCGGGCUUGAUGAGGAGGGCCACGGGCGAGCAGAAGCAACAGGACGAGCAGCCGGUGGUGGGCGACGGGGAGGAGGAGGGUGGACCUAGUACCGUUUUGGGCAACAAGUGGCAACAGGCUGGCGCCUGGGCCAUCGACGGCCGUGGGACGGUUGUUUGGGGUGGCAAGGCGUUGAGGGCGGAUGAUCUGAUGGACUUGGAACAGGGUGCCAAGAUCCUCGGUCUGUGAUGCUUCCAAUUACCCAUUUUCAUUCUUUGUCCCCUGUUUUUUUUUAGCAUCUGUAUCUCAUAUUGGUUUGGGCGUUAUGGUGAGGAGGGUUUCUAGCGGUCUUGUCAUUUUCACUUUCUGGUCUACGAUAUCUAGACCUGAGUCUGCAUUAUCUUGAUGGUACUACGAUGAUAGAAGACUUGUAUUAUUAUGUCCAACGUCAACAUCC